ACGUAAGGUCCAGCCUCGCCGAGAGAGCGCAACAAACAUGGCGACAGAGCGGAGCGGACAGGGGUGUCUUCUAACUUUCAUCGUGUUCCUCUGGAGCUCUGUCGGCGGGCGAACGGAGACGUCGAGCCCCGGCUCCAGCGGUCAGAUCCUGGGCAUGCGGCUGGAGAGGAGCGACAAAGCGAGCAGCCCGACGGACGACGGGCUCAUCCAGGUAACGGAAAAGAGCAACGUCCUGCUCAGGUUUUACGGGGUGCACCUGAGCCCGGACGCAGCAUCCCACAUCAGGUUCGCGGAGGACGUGGGUACCGAGCACAGCGACGCGUUAAACAGGACUUGCGAGGACUUCACCAAAGACCUGAGCGUCAGCACCUACAUGAACGUGAGCAACAGAGGGACGUCGGGUCUGGUGAGCGUGUAUGUGAAGCCACUGCGUAAGAGCGAACGAGAAAAGACCUACAGCCUGUGUGUCAGGCAGGGCUUGGGAGACAAGUGGGUGCAGCUGGGGGAAAAUGACGGGAAGCUGGUGGUCGUAGAGGAGAAAGAAUCGCUUCUGCCGCUCUGGCUCCAGAUCAUCCUGGUCUCGGGCUUGCUGGUGCUGUCUGGCAUGUUCAGCGGACUCAACCUGGGGCUCAUGGCGUUGGAUCCCAUGGAGCUUCGCAUCGUGCAGAGCUGCGGAACUAAUAAGGAAAAGAAGUACGCUCGCAAAAUCGAACCCAUUCGGAGCAAGGGCAACUAUCUGCUUUGCUCUUUAUUGUUGGGUAACGUGCUGGUCAACACCACUUUGACCAUCCUGCUAGAUGAUUUGAUCGGCUCGGGGUUGGGAGCCGUGGUGGCAUCUACUGUCGGCAUUGUCAUAUUUGGUGAAAUCGUGCCACAAGCUCUCUGCUCGCGCCACGGUUUGGCCGUGGGCGCCAACACUAUCGUGCUGACCAAAUUUUUCAUGCUCCUGACCUUCCCCUUGUCGUUCCCCGUCAGUAAGCUUUUGGACUACAUUCUCGGGCAGGAAAUCGGCACCGUCUACAACCGCGAGAAGUUGGUGGAGAUGCUGAAGGUCACCGAGCCCUACAACGAUCUGGUGAAGGAAGAGCUGAACAUCAUACAGGGCGCCCUGGAACUCCGAACCAAGACGGUCGAGGAUGUGAUGACGCCGCUGAGCAACUGCUUCAUGAUUCACACCGACGCCGUGCUGGACUUCAACACCAUGUCUGAGAUCAUGGAAAGCGGCUACACGCGGAUACCCGUGUACGACACCGAGCGCUCCAACAUCGUGGACAUCCUUUACGUCAAAGACCUGGCCUUCGUCGACCCCGACGACUGCACCACGCUUAAAACGGUCACCAAGUUCUACAACCACCCGGUGCAUUUCGUCUUCCACGACACUAAGCUGGAUGCCAUGCUGGAGGAGUUUAAGAAAGGUAAAUCCCACCUGGCCAUCGUUCAGAAGGUGAAUAAUGAGGGCGAAGGAGAUCCGUUCUACGAGGUUCUGGGUCUGGUCACGCUGGAGGACGUCAUCGAGGAGAUCAUCAAAUCGGAGAUCCUGGACGAGUCUGAUCUCUACACUGACAACCGUAACAGAAAGAAAGUGGAUCCCAACAAGAACAAGAGGGACUUUUCUGCUUUCAAACACGAGAGGGAAUCGAAAGUCAAGAUAUCUCCGCAACUAAUGCUGGCAGCGCAUCGUUUCCUCGCUACUGAGGUGAGCCUUUUCAGCCCGCUCCAGAUUUCAGACAAGGUCUUGCUGCGAAUCCUCAAGCACCCGGAUGUCAUUCAAGAGAUCAAGUUCAACGAGAACGACAAGCGCUCGCAACAGCACUAUUUAUAUCAGCGCGGAAAACCUGUCGACUUCUUCGUCCUCAUCCUUCAG